AUGCCGGGAAUCUAUGUUCUGGCUGCUGCUGGUGCCCUUGUCCUUGGGGUAGGGUACGUGUUCAUUCUCCCUAUCAUAUACUACUUCUACGACCCUAAAGGGUUUCGCAAAUACCCAAACUUCGCCCCCCUCGCGGGUAUCACCGACCUUCCUUACUGUUACCUCAGCUCGUGUGGCUAUCGUUCCAAAGACCUAUACGAAGCUCACAAAAAUGCACCAAUAUUGCGCAUUGGACCCAACUCGCUCUCCUUCGGCCGUACCAGUGCGGUCAAGGAUAUGUACGGCCACAACACGCCGUGCGUUAAAGACAUCAAAUAUGCUAUGACAUGGGGCUCUCACACACACCUCUUCGACGUCAUCGAUAAAGCGGAUCAUGCCAAGAAGCGGAAGCGAAUGUCUUCCGCUUUCGCCAUCAAGAACCUGGAGAGGUGGGAACACAAGGUGGCCAACGUGACCGGUCGCCUUGUCAAAGCGUUGGAUGCGCACUGUACACUCCCGUUGCUUCCAGGCCAGACAGAACCCCAAGCGGCAGAUCUCACGUUGGACUACAAUAAAUGGAUCAACCUGUUCACGAUCGAGGCGAUCAACCUCAUCGCCCUUUCGUCCACCCUAGGGCUGCUGGAGAAGGGAUCCGACGAGGUCACCGCCCAGAGAAAGGACGGGACAACGUACCCAGCUCGGUAUCGCAAAUCUCAGGAUAGCACCGCACACGCGCAGUCACUCUUCGUUUGGGAUUACAAGUACUUUCAUUGGCUUUCUACAUUAUCAAAGUUGGUUCCCAAAUACCGCCAGAUGUGGAAAGAUGGGGAGCCGUGGGGCGACGUGAUCUACCACCAAGCCGUUACUCGGCUACAGCGGUACCAGAGCGGAGAGAAACUGGAUGAUUUCUUCUCCUCGCUCAUGGAGGAUAAGGCAGGCCACCCCAACAACCUCGAAUGGGGCGAGAUCGUCGCCGAAGUAGGCGCUAUCAUCAACGCCGGGGCCGACACCACCGCGAUUGCCCUAACCCAAGUCUUGGAUAUGUUGAUCAGACAUCCGAAGUACCUGCAGAGAUUGCGGGAAGAGGUGGACAGCGCUCUGGACGAAGAGGAAGUGGUCGCACCAUACGAUAAAGUGAAGAACCUUCCGUUCCUACGCGCGUGUUUAGAUGAAGCAUUGCGCCUGAUCCCCCCUACAUCAGCUGGCCUGCCCCGACGGACCCCGCCGGAAGGGGCUCAGAUCUUGAACGAAUGGAUCCCGGGUGACACCAGCGUGUCGAUGACAAGUUAUUCGGCUCAUCGGGACCCUGACAUUUUCCCUGAUCCCGAGGAAUACAACCCGGACCGAUGGAUGGACUUGGACAACCGGAAGCGCAUGGAGCCGUACUUUGUCCCGUUCUCGACGGGGGCCCGGGGAUGUCUCGGACGGAAUAUCACGUAUCUGGAGCAGACUGUUGUACUUGCGACACUGGUGCAUCGGUAUGACUUUGCGCUGCCGGCGAAUUGGAAGCUCGGGCGGUUCGAGGCGUUUAACCUGAUCAUGGGCGAGAUGCCGAUGAAGAUCUGGCGGAGGGAAACGGCAUGA